AUGACUAGCCUGGCCCAGCACACUCCGCUCGAGUCGCUCCUGCUCUUGCACGCCUUGCGCAGCGAUGGCCUGACUGCCGUCCACUUCGGCCAAAUCUCAGAACAGCUGAAGAGCAUACCACUCAUUCGCAACGACCCUUCGUACGACAGCACUCGUCUGCAUGAAGAUGCCUUGAAGCACUUAUGUCUGCGACUGCUCAAGGAUGAGGCCCGCAAUAGCUCGGACCAGCACGAGGACAGGAAGAAGAGACUGUCCAGCCCGACCAUUCCCACCGUCGAAGAAGCCGCCAAACACUCGCACUUGAUCCCUCGUCUUGUCCAUCGCCUGUACACACGCUACAGAGAAGGCGUUGUCGCCGAAAUCAGAAACGAGGAGGAAAAGCAUGAUACCUUGACGCGUGAAAUUGAAGAGAUAGAGGACGGAAAGUGGGACCAUCGUCUACGAGGCGAGCAGGCUGCUGCCACUGCAGUGCCCACGCGACCUUCAUCCACCGAUGUGACACCUGCGCCACCAGCAGCAGACGUGACUGCACAAACCAACGGAAAUGUCAGCGCGCCAUCCCCUGCGGUGAAGGAGGCAGCAAGAUUGAACCGCGCCAAAAUCGACGCCGUCAUCAACCAUGAACCCGUCACUGCUCGUCCCACAGCCUCGCCCACCCCUCCGUUACUCGCAUCGUCGUCGCAACCGCAGUAUGCACCCCCUGCAGUGCCCCACAGACUCUCGACCACCUCUCUGCCUCCCCUCUCAGAGAUGGCCCCGGACUCUCCUCUACCACAGCACAUGCAGCAGUCUCAACCUUCUCCCCAGCUACCAAACCUGCAGGCAGCUCCAGCCUACCGUCUGUCUCCUGUCAUACAGCAGAACGGCUUCCCUCCUCAGUUUGCUCGACCCAAUGUGAACCCAAGUCCUCGUCAGAGUCCUGCUCCAUCCUCGCCUCGUCCGGUCCUGCCACUCCCUCCUGGUAUGAGCAUGCCGCCUCGUCCACACUCUCCCGCUGUGCCAACUCGGGGUGGUCCAGCUCAGUAUCCAUCACCCACCCAGCGUCUGCCUCCGGUACCGCUUCAGCCAGCCACCAGAGCACCUCACACGAACACUCCUCCGGCCUACCACCAAGCCUACCCGCCAUACCCUCAGCAGCCGGCUUACCCAAAUCAACAGCAGUCGCCGUACCCACCUCGUCCGCCUCAUCAAGGAGGCUAUCAGUUACCGCCCUUCCAGGUUGCUGCUCAGGAUCCGAACAGGAUGCACCAACAUCAACUGGCUCAGCAGCAGGUCGCGAGUUCACAUGGUCGGCAACCGCCCACUCCUGCCCGUCAGCAAAUUUCCGCNCCCUAUUCUCCUCAUACGCCAUAUGCAUAUCCUGCACCACCAGAUCCUCGACGUCCUGAUGUCAAUGCUCUGGACAUUUUGAGCAGUUUGAGAAAGACUCCACGUGCAACUCUAUCUCGCUCGAUGACUCCCCGUUCCAAUUCUCGUGCUGCUACUUGGAAGCGUGAGAGACCAUCAUUGUUGUCUCGACCGUUGCUCGAUGGCGUGGAGAGCCCUGUCCCAGAACGUGUGAGCCCACCUCCGCUAGCGCGAGAAGCUUCGCCUGUUCGUACUACCAAGGAGAUUCCCAUCAAGCCUAAGCCUGUUGAAGAGCAGCCCUCUCAGACCGAAGAGGUAGAAGCAGAGCCAACUCCCAAGCCUGUCAAUUGCACUCGCAAGUCUACCAGGCGCAAUCGCGCUAUCAGCAAUGCUUCUUCCGCCAUUGCCAGCUCUGUGCGUGCCAGGACAAGGAGUCGAUCUGUUCUCUCACAAGCCGAAGGUCAGACUGCUAAUGUAGAGCCCUCGGUCAUGUCACGGAUCGUUAAGGACGAACCAAUGACACCUGCCGACCUGCUCCAAGAAGAAAUCCUCCAAGCCGAAACCUCAGAUCCACCCUCUCAACUCAGAUCAAGACGCAGCCGUGCUUCAACCAACAAACGCAAGCGGGCCCGUUCAGCAACUCCACUCCCUUCCUCCGAAGCACCUGCUGCAGAGUCUUCAGAACCCGAAGCCACAGGACCUGCCUAUGGACCUCCUCUCAAGACCAAAGUCCAGGCCCAUCGCAACUUUGCCCGCAUCUCCAACGUGAUUAUUAACGACAUCACUCAACAUAAACAUGCGGGCCCCUUUCAGAAGCCUGUGCGGGAAAAGGACGCCGAGGGCUACACCACCAUCAUCAAACGCCCUCAAGACCUCAAAUCCAUCAAAGCAGCCAUAACCUUUGGGUCUCGCGCCAUCAACACCGCCACUGCUUCUCUCGACUCUCCAGCCGCUACACCCUCGUCCUCGUCUGCGUCUCUGGUCUUGCUAGACAAAACACCCGAUCUUAUCCCUCCCAAAGCGAUUGUCAAUUCUAGCCAGCUGGAAAAAGAGGUCAUGAGGAUGUUUGCCAAUGCCGUUAUGUUUAACCCUGGCAUGGAAGGUAUGGUACAGGAUGCGAGAGAGAUGGCUGACGAUAUCGAAGCCAAAGUCAGGGAUUGGCGGCAAGUCGANGGUGCGGCGGCGAAUGUUCGCGCAGCAGUCGACAAGGAAGACGAGGAUGAAGGUGUGAAUGCGACUACUGGAGGAGAUAAGAAGAGAAGGAAGGUGUGA